AUGGCCAGCAAGCGCAAGAGACAGCUGGAGGUCUUUGACCCCAACAAGUCAGACUCUGAAGACGAGAAUUUCGACCCCCGCGUCGACAGACCCCGCAAGAGCUCCAAAAAGGCUCGCCCCUCGAGACGCUCCAAGCCGGGGCGCAAGCGUGUUGGCCGCUAUCGCGGUUCCGACAUCGAAGAUGACGACGACGAGCUCUCCGACAGCCAGGCCGACUCUCUCGCAGAUGAUGACGGAGACGAGGACGACGAGGAUGACGAAGACGUCCCCGUCAACGCUGCCGGCCGAAGGACCCGCAAGGCCGCCACCCAGCAACAGAAUUACAGAGAGAGCAGCGAAGACGCAUCGGAAGACGUGGAAAAGGCCGAGGACGAGGACGAUGACGACGUCCCCGAGCCACCGCAGCUGAGGAAAAUCGUCAAGCUCAAGGUCCCCAAGGGUUUGCCGGAGGGAGGACGUAGAGCCACCCGCGCCACUACCGAGGAUGCCGAUGACUUCGUUGAGCUCUCCAACUCAGGCCGCCACGCUGUUGCUUUGCGCAAUUCUCGCAGCAAGAGCCCGGACACUGCGCUGCGGAGGACCUCGCGCGCAAUGAAGGGCGUCAAGAAGGCCCCCGACGCAAUCGAAGAAGCCACCCAAGAGAGCAGCGCCAAGGAGCUGAACGAUGCCGAUGAGAUUGAUGAGCUCGCGAAUGACCACGUCGGUGUGCUUGAGAAGAAUGAGGAUGACGAUCAAGACAUGGACGAAGCAGGUGGCAACGACAAGACGGGCGCAAACGGAGACGGCAACGACGACGACGAUGACGACGACGACGAUGAUGCCGAGGGAGAAGACGUGGACGAGGACGACGGCCCUGUUACUAGACGCACGCGGCGCAGCAGAGCAGCUCCCGCCGUGUCUGAGCCGCCGGCCGAGCCUGAAGAAGAACCCACCGGCAGGCCACGACGAUUGACUAGGAGGGCUGGCCUCAAGAAAUCUGCCAAGGAGCCUAGUAGCGACUUCGACCCCGGAGAUGACUCUGAGGACCACGACGCAUCGGAAGCCGAGAAGCAGCCCGCUGAAGUCGAUAGUCCGACACCCAGGGGUCGGGGCAGGGGGCGUGGCCGCUCCACCCGCCGGCGCGGCGACGACUCGGCUGACGAGGACCCGGAAUUCGACCCCGACGAGCUCAACGAGGAGGCACGAGAGCUCCGACAGGCCUCGAGGCCUCGCCGCCGCCGUGCAAGGGAGGAGUCGCCUAUUGUUUACGAGGCCCGGCGCUCCAGAGCCAGGGUCAACUACUACAUGCCGCCUCUGACGUCGGCCAUUGCCGAAGAGGAGGAGGCCGAGGAGCCAGCCCCGACACCUGCACGUGCCCGCCGCGGUCGUGGCGCUGCCUCGACACUGUGGGAGCGCAGCCUCAACACUACCUUUGGGCCGUUUGGAGGAGGUGGAGGUGCUGGUGCUCUCCUCUCGGGCCCGUGGGGUACGGGCGCGGCCGGAGGCGUCGACUCGGACAGCAGCGACGAUGAGAUGGUCCACCGUUCCAACGUUGCGGGCAACGUCGGCAUGACGCCCACCUCGGGAGCUGCCCCCAGUGGUCUCGUGACGGCCGGCCAAGGCAUGGCGGCCGAGGCAGCGCCGAACGUGGGCAAGAUCAAGGACCGCAAGGCACUGGCCGAUGCUGACCCGCUGGGCGUGGACAUGAAUGUCGACUUCGACAAGGUGGGUGGCCUGCAGGGCCACAUCGACCAGCUCAAGGAGAUGGUGCAGCUACCUCUGCUGUACCCCGAGCUCUUCUCCAAAUUCCACGUCACGCCGCCCAGGGGCGUUCUGUUUCACGGACCCCCCGGAACGGGUAAGACGCUGCUCGCACGUGCGCUGGCCAACUCGGUCGGCGCAGGCGGGCGCAAGAUCUCGUUCUACAUGCGCAAGGGAGCCGACGCGCUGAGCAAGUGGGUUGGCGAGGCGGAAAAGCAGCUCCGCCUCCUGUUCGAGGAAGCCCGUCGGACGCAGCCCAGCAUCAUCUUCUUUGACGAGAUUGACGGGCUGGCACCGGUGCGGUCGAGCAAGCAGGAGCAGAUCCACGCCUCGAUCGUGUCGACGCUGCUGGCGCUGAUGGACGGCAUGGACGGGCGCGGGCAGGUCAUUGUCAUCGGCGCGACCAACCGCCCGGAUAACAUCGACCCUGCGCUCCGACGCCCCGGCCGCUUCGACAGGGAGUUCUACUUCCCGCUGCCGGACAUUGACGGUCGCCGGGCCAUCAUCGACAUCCACACCAAGGACUGGGGCCUGUCGCAGCAGUUCCGUCACUCCCUGGCCACGCAGACAAAGGGCUACGGCGGUGCCGACCUGCGCGCGCUGUCGACCGAGGCGGCCCUCAACGCCAUCCAGCGCACGUACCCGCAGAUCUACUCGACGCAGGAGAAGCUCGUGGUCCGGCCCGAGAACAUCACCGUCCACGCCUCCGACUUCAUGAUGGCGAUCAAGAGAUUGAUCCCGUCGUCGGAGCGGUCCGCCACGUCGGGCGCCCAGCCGCUGCCGCCGACGGUGGAACCGCUCCUGUGCGACCAGUUCGAAACGGCGCGCGCCGCCAUCGACGAGCUCCUGCCUCGCAAGAAGAAGCUGACGGCUCUCGAGGAGGCCAUGUACGAGCAGUUCGACGACGACGACCACGGCUUUGGACGGGAGGCACUCCAUCAGGAGUUUGAGCGCUGCCGCGUCUUCCGGCCCCGCUUCAUCAUCUACGGCGACCACGGCAUGGGCCAGGGCUACCUCUCCUCGGCCAUCCUGCACCACCUCGAGGGCGUGCACGUGCAGAACUUUGACCUGCCCAGCCUGCUGGGUGACGGGAGACCCAUGGAGCAGGUCAUCGUCAGCCUCUUCACCGAGGUCCGCCGGCACAAGCCAGCCGUCAUCUUCAUCCCCAACAUCGAGGCGUGGUACGCCACGCUCCAGGGGUCAAUCGCCCUCGUCACCUUCCAGACCAUGCUGCGGUCCAUCCCGCCUACGGACCCCAUCAUCGUCCUCGCCACGGCCGAGUGCGAGAGGAACGAGGCGCCUACGGAUCUGCUCCGCGAGUUCUUCGGGUUCUCUAGGAAGAAUCGCAUGGAGAUACCGCGGCCCACUACGGCGAACCGUCGCAAGUACUUCUCGGCAACCCUGGACUACAUCAAGAAGAAGCCGUGGGAAUUCCCAGACCCGUCGAACCGCAAAAAGAGGAUACUGGAGCAGCUUCCCGUCGCACCCAAGGAGGAGCCCAAGCCCCCGACCAAGGCGGAGAUCAAGGCGCUGCAGAAGAAGGACCACCAGAUGCUCAACACUCUCAAGAUCCAGCUCCAGCCCAUCAUGGACCAGAUCAACCGCAAGUACAAGAAGUUCCGGCAGCCCGUGAUACCGCAGGCGACGAUCGACUACCUCUUUGCCGAGGCCGAUCCCAACUUCGUCAGCCCGGACGUGGUCGACGGCCGGCACCGCCCGUACGAGAUCGUCAAGGACAAGCACGAGAACGACGUUCUGAGGGAUACGACGACUGGCAAGUGCUACUACAACCUCGAGACGACGACGAUCGAGGAACGCCUGUCCAACGGCUUCUACGCGCGACCCCAGGAUUUCCUGUUCGACAUCAGGGCGCUCGCCAAGGACGCCAAGAACAUUGGCGACAAGGAGCGCACGCUCAAGGCCAACGAGCUGCUCAGCAACGUCGAGGUGGACGUGGCCAGCAUCGAAGCGGCCAGCUCGCACAUGGAUUGGGAGGGCCUCUACCGCCGCCAGGUGCAGCGCGCCAAGGACCUGGCCGAGCGGAACCGCAAGAGGAAGGCGAUGCAGUCUGUCGUCGGCAGGGUCCAGUCCGACGUUGCCGGCAGCGGAAACGGAACCGGCAACGACAGCGAUUCGCAGGGCCCCGUGACGCUGGGCGAGGCCGUCCCCGGAUCGCUCACGACGGCCCGAUUCCAGCUCAUGACCGCCGUCCCCGGCCACGAGCCGUCGUCGUCGUCGCACGCGCUGAGCAACGGCACCGCCGGUCAUGACCGCCAGACCCCCGUAGGCGGAUCCGACGACGUCCAGAUGGGCGGCGUCGACGACGACAUCCCCCUCGUGGUGUCGGACAUGGGACCACCCCCCAAAUCUCAGAACCAGAUCUCGCAGAGGUCGGCUGUCACGUCACUGCCCCCGGGCGUGUCACCGUCUGCCGUCAUCAACGAGGCCUCCACGACCAAGACGUCCGACCCAUCUACGGGGUCGAACUGGGGCCCAUCGACACCCAGCACGCAGAUGACCAACGGCCACAACAACCACGGCAGCAGCAACCGCGGCGUCACGUCGACAAGUCAAGACGACAGCGACCUCCCGGACACGGCCGUCGUCCCGAGCCAAAACGCAGGGGUGCCUGCGCACAGCCAGAUGACUGCCAGCGAAGACUCGUGGAUCCACUCUCAAGCACACGCCCUGCACGAGAGCAACAGCAACAACAGCAACAACAACAGCAACAGCAACAGCCACAACCCAGAGAGCCAGUCAUGGUCACAAUCACAAUCACAAGCCCCAGGUUCAGCAGCAGCAGCAGCAGCAGCAGCAGCAUCAACGGCAGCAGCAGCAGCGCCCAAACCCUCACCACGAAACGGCAGCAUAGACAUAGGCAAUCUGCUGAAUGACCGGGAUGGUGAUGAUGACAGCAGCAGAAAUUAUGAUGAUGAGAAGAAGAGGUGGCAGCGGCAGCAGCAGCAGCAAGAACAAGAGCAGGAGCUGAGCCGUAACUCCGCAUCUUCGGCCUCUCAGCCGCUGAGCAUCGACAGCGCAGUGGACAGCGCCCUCGACAGCCUGACGGACAAGACGUCCGGCUGCACGAUCGAGCAGCUGGAGCAGAUCAACAGGGAGCUGAUGGAUGAGAUCUGGCGUGGGCGGAACGAGUGGAACAGGCAGAUGGUGCUCAACCACGUCACCAGCGUGUUUAACCAGGCUAUUGAUGACAUUGAGUCGAUGCAGGGUGUUGGACCUUUGAGUCAGAGGUAA